UUGGAGCGCGGCCUGGUUUCUGCACUUGGCUGGCUGCGGAAGGUCGCUGGUUUGGUUGGCUGGUGGAAGUGAAACUCUACAGUAAUUCUACAGUAAAAGAUUCGGUUCUACAGUAAAGCGGAUCGCGGAUCGGUUCGGAGGCGGUGCCGCUGAUUCGGUUCUGUGGUUCUGUGGUUCUGGAGGAGGUUCUGUUCUCGGAUCAGUCCGGACUGAAGCUGAAUCUACAGGUUUAUGUUGGUGGAAAUGUCUUCUAAGAUGACGAGCUCAAAUAACUUGGCUCAGGCGAGACGGACGGUCCAGCAGCUGAGAGUAGAGGCCGGGAUCGAGAGGAUAAAGGUGUCGAAGGCUUCAGCUGAUCUGAUGCGGUACUGCAGUGAACACGCUAAAUACGACCCGCUGCUGACGGGCAUCCCGGCCUCAGAAAACCCCUUUAAGGAUAAAAAGCCCUGUAUUAUACUGUAGUGGAGCUUCUUCACAUUUUCAUUAUUAUUUAAUUAAUUCCACUCAACACUGCCUUAAAGCCCAGAUCUAGAGAGGAAUGUGUAGAUCCAGUAUGUAUUACUGUAAAUCAGUGUCAAUCAGUACUAAUCUCUUAAUGAUUAGCAUCGUUGUGCAUUUAAUGCAUAUUUUUUUGUUAAUGUUAUAGUGUUAUGUUUUUAAUAAUAGCAUAUAUCACAAAUAUAUAAAUUAACUUGUGUACUUAACUGAAGCAUUCCAGGGAAUGACCGACCGUAACUGUCCUUAACUCCAGAAAAUAAAGUGUUAAAAAUAUUAUAUAUAUUUUUUUGUGGGUUAUGCAAAUAGAUAGAUAUAUACUGUAUAAAUAUAUAUAGAGAUAAUAAUGAAUAAUGAAUAGAAUAAUGUAGUAACCAGUGAUUUCAAUGGUCAUGGUCAAUGCUCCAAUGGUUAAUUAUUAUUAAAAAUCAUGUUUUAUGAUAUAUUUUUUCCCCUUCAUAAGUCCUUAUGGGUUAAUCAAAAGAUAACAGUGCUGGUGAUUCUGUAUCUACUGUAACUGUAGAUUAAUUACAGAGCAGUAUGGGUACAACAGAUUACAGUGCUGGUGAUUCUGUAUCUACUGUAACUGUAGAUUAAUUACAGAGCAGUACGGGUACAACAGAUUACGGUGCUGGUGAUUCUGUAUCUACUGUAACUGUAGAUUAAUUACAGAGCAGUACGGGUACAACAGAUUACGGUGCUGGUGAUUCUGUAUCUACUGUAACUGUAGAUUAAUUACAGAGCAGUACGGGUACAACAGAUUACGGUGCUGGUGAUUCUGUAUCUACUGUAACUGUAGAUUAAUUACAGAGCAGUAUGGGUACAACAGAUUACAGUGCUGGUGAUUCUGUAUCUACUGUAACUGUAGAUUAAUUACAGAGCAGUACGGGUACAACAGAUUACAGUGCUGGUGAUUCUGUAUCUACUGUAACUGUAGAUUAAUUACAGAGCAGUACGGGUACAACAGAUUACAGUGCUGGUGAUUCUGUAUCUACUGUAACUGUAGAUUAAUUACAGAGCAGUAUGGGUACAACAGAUUACAGUGCUGGUGAUUCUGUAUCUACUGUAACUGUAGAUUAAUUACAGAGCAGUACGGGUACAACAGAUUACGGUGCUGGUGAUUCUGUAUCUACUGUAACUGUAGAUUAAUUACAGAGCAGUAUGGGUACAACAGAUUACAGUGCUGGUGAUUCUGUAUCUACUGUAACUGUAGAUUAGUUACAGAGCAGUACGGGUACAACAGAUUACGGUGCUGGUGAUUCUGUAUCUACUGUAACUGUAGAUUAAUUACAGAGCAGUACGGGUACAACAGAUUACGGUGCUGGUGAUUCUGUAUCUACUGUAACUGUAGAUUAAUUACAGAGCAGUAUGGGUACAACAGAUUACAGUGCUGGUGAUUCUGUAUCUACUGUAACUGUAGAUUAAUUACAGAGCAGUACGGGUACAACAGAUUACAGUGCUGGUGAUUCUGUAUCUACUGUAACUGUAGAUUAAUUACAGAGCAGUACGGGUACAACAGAUUACAGUGCUGGUGAUUCUGUAUCUACUGUAACUGUAGAUUAAUUACAGAGCAGUAUGGGUACAACAGAUUACAGUGCUGGUGAUUCUGUAUCUACUGUAACUGUAGAUUAAUUACAGAGCAGUACGGGUACAACAGAUUACAGUGCUGGUGAUUCUGUAUCUACUGUAACUGUAGAUUAAUUACAGAGCAGUAUGGGUACAACAGAUUACAGUGCUGGUGAUUCUGUAUCUAAUGUAACUGUAGAUUAAUUACAGAGACUCUGCCCACUAACUGCACUAAACUGCAGUGUGAAACCGAAACUAAACGUGCAGAAUACAAUGUGGACAACUUUUAGACGUGGAAUUGCCAUAAAAGCUGAUCAGUAUAUUUGACUUAUUGUUAUUAAUUUAUAUUGAAAGUCUUAAAGUAUAUAAUUGAUCUUUACAUUAAAGGGACCUUUAUAGAACAUAGUGAGGGAGUCUAGAUGUUUUUUAAUGUUUUCUGUGGACUGAAAUACUGUGGUCAUGAUUAACUUUCCAUUGUUAACUCUAGUAUUCAGGAGAACAAUCAGCCGUAACAUUAAAACCACUGAAAUAUAAGUGAAGCAAAUAUAUAAUGUUCUGUAUUGUGGAUUAAUACUAAAGUCACCCAAACUAUGAAGAAUUGGAAUGGAAUUAAAUGUUAGACAAACCAGAAUAUGUUCAGGCUUUCAGUUAACAGCUGUGCUGAACUCGUAAAGACCCUUGUAAAAGAAAAGUGUAUUAAGUGUAUAUUUUAAAAGUGUACUUAACAUAGAAAAGUACAUGCUUUUUUAAAAUUAAAAUAUGGACUUAAAUACAUACUAAAUUUACUAUUUUGGAACAACGUAUGGCAACUUAAAUAUAUUUCAGUUGUAAUUAAGUUAUAUUUAAACACAACUUAAAAGCUUUAGUGAUUUGUGCAUUU